CCCCCUACCAAAAUGUUCGCGACUCACGCGCCACCCUCCUUGUUAAACUCACUCCACCUCUCUCGCACAUAUUAUUUGUCCCCUCGCAGUGUUUUGCUGGUUGCAGCCACCAGACUUUUCUGCUUCCAGUACCGCCGAAUUAGAGUUCCCACGGUUACCUGCAUGGCAGGAGAUCACUCGAACGCCGGCGAAUCCUCGCCGGACCACGUCGCCGGAAGCUGGUACUCAGUGCCGGAGCUCAGGCUCCGAGACCAUCGCUUCAUUGUGCCCCUCGACCACACUCUCGAUCGUCUCGCUUCUCCUAAGAUCUCCAUUUUCGCUCGCGAAGUAGUCGCAGCUGGGAAAGAAGAUAAACCACUGCCAUACUUAUUAUUCCUACAAGGUGGACCUGGAUUUGAGUGCCCUCGACCAACCGAAGCUAGUGGAUGGGUACAAAAAGCUUGUGAAGAAUUUCGUCUCAUAUUGAUGGAUCAGCGAGGAACAGGCUCAUCGACUCCUUUGACAGCAUCAUCUAUGUUACAAUUUAAGUCCGCAGAGGAUUUGGCUGACUACUUGAAACAUUUUCGAGCUGACAAUAUAGUAAAUGAUGCUGAGUUUAUUCGAGUACGUCUUGUUCCUGAUGCUGGACCUUGGACAAUUUUGGGUCAGAGUUAUGGUGGUUUUUGUGCAGUUACCUAUCUGAGUUUUGCACCACAAGGGCUGAAACGUGUCCUUCUAACUGGAGGAAUCCCUCCAAUUGGAAAUGGAUGCACAGCAGAUACCGUGUAUAGGGCAUGCUUUGAACCGAUUACGCAUCAGAAUGAGAAGUACUACAAGAGGUAUCCUCAGGAUAUUGAAAUUGUUCGUGAAGUUGUUAAGUAUUUAGCUGAGUCUGAAGGAGGCGGGGUGCUUCUUCCAUCUGGGGGUAUCUUAACCCCAAGGGGACUGCAAACUCUUGGUCUCUCUUGUUUAGGAACUUCUGCUGGUUUUGAGCGGUUGCACUAUAUGCUUGAAGGGGUCUGGGAUCCUGUAAUAGUUCCAGGAGCACCAAAGCAAAUCAGUUACUACUUUUUGAAUGCUUUUGAGAAGUGGUUAGCUUUUGAUACAAAUCCACUAUAUGCGCUUCUGCAUGAGUCUAUCUACUGUCAGGUAAAAAUUCUUUAUUAUCUUUCUAUCUACUGUCAGGGUGCUUCAUCACGGUGGUCUGCUCACAGAAUAAGGAGUGAAUAUGAGGAGAAAUUUGAUGCAAUCAAGGCUUCAUCAAAAGGUUGCCCUGUGCUUUUCACGGGAGAGAUGAUCUUCCCCUGGAUGUUUGAUGAGAUUCAUGCUUUGAGGCGAUUCAAAGAUGUUGCUCAUAUACUGGCUGAGAAGAAGGAUUGGCCUCCACUAUAUGACACUACCGUGCUGAAUAAUAAUAAGGUACCUGUUGCAGCUGCUGUUUAUUAUGAAGACAUGUUUGUCAACUUCAAGCUGGCCAUGGAAACAGCUUCUCAGAUAGCAGGGAUAAGGCUGUGGAUCACCAAUGAGUACAUGCAUUCUGGUCUGCGCGACGCAGGGGGCCGGGUUUUUGAGCACUUGAUGGGAAUGUUAGAUGGAAAGAAGCCUUUGUUCUGAUCAACAUUUCCACCCCUACAGCACUAUUUUUAUUCGAGUUAAAUUUACCUGGUACCCUAUUUCCCUCAAUAAAUUAAAUUGACAUGUUCCAAUUGGUGGAUCAAAAUUCAUGUCUUCGAGAUAUUGAAUUGGCAACCAUUGUACAUAUGGAUGCACUUUAUAAGGUAUAUUCAAAAUUUGCAGUUGCACUAUCCAAGUAUCAGGGUGUUUAAAGCUGUUAGGCUGUGAGUGUGCUACAUCUGAACAUAUUGAAAUAUUGCUGAAAGAUUACUGCAGGCUUUCCUUAAAGAGAUUACUGCAGGCUUGUUUAUUA